UAUUCAAAAAGUUCACUACACUAAUUGUUAACCAUGAUUAUAACUAUUGUUUUAACGAGUUUGAUGUUGACGUAUGAUGCGGUUUAUGGAAAUUAUCACAGCAGAAACACUACGCUACACAAAUAUGGGCCCAACGUGUGCGCGUUCGAGGAGGUGCUGUCCGGCAACGGAGCGUACAUGUACAGGGAGCGCAGCCCGCAGGACAACCGCCAGCAGCAGACUUGCGGACGGAACACGGUUCUGAGGUAUGACUGCUGCGAGGGGUUCAAGUCGACGAAUAAUGGCCGUUCUGGAUGCACUGGAGUGAAAUCGCCAAAGAACGUGUUGGAAACCGCUCAAGAACUUGGCGCCCACACGUUCGUCCAGUACGUCCAACAGAACGGCUUGUACGAUUUCUUCACCAAAAGCGGCCCGUACACGUUGUUUGUUCCUACCGACGAAGCUUUUGCGAAUAUGGACAGUACGCUCGGAGCGGCGUUGGAGUCGUACGAAUCGGCCCCCGAGAUACUUAAAUACCACGUGGUACCUCGGAGGAUCGUAACAUACAACGCAUCGGUCGACGAAACGUUCAACACCUUACACAGCGGAUCGAAAUUGAGGUUUAAUAAGUACUCCACCAAAAUAGAAACAAUAAAUUGUGUUACCUUAAUGCGAAAGAAUCGCAUCGCACAAAACGGAGUGGUGCAUUUGAUAAACACCGUACUAAACCCUUACAGUUAUACAAAUCGAAAUUUAGUACAGAUUAUCAAUCAGAACAAAGAAUUGACGAUAUUUUCAAAAAUGAUUGAAAUGUCACGUAUGCAUCAGAGCCUAAAAGAAACGUUCCAGUCACUUACGGUUAUGGUUCCGACCGAUAUCGCAUUACAACAACUUCUUCCACAAAGCCAACUUCGAAGGAUACUAAACGAUGAAUCACUUAGCAAAGCAUUUGUCUUAAAACACCUGCUGCCAACACCUGUUUGUCCGAGUGCAGUUACUGCAGAUCUAUACGUCAAAAGUCUAGCGAACAAACAUUAUGUCAAGUUUGGUUGUGAUGGGAUAAACUCGAUAACGGUACAGGGACAUUGUAUCGGUAACGAUUUGAAAUUUUCGGCGAACGGGAUCCUGUAUCAAAUAAAUUUCGCUCUAAGCACCGAGGAAGGGAGAUCGAUGUUGCAAAUAAUGCAACAUUUAGGACUAAGCGAAUUCGUUCGGAUCAUAAAUAUCGCUGGACUUACGCAAACAUUUGAAAAUGUCAAUGCACUAACCGCUUUUGUACCGACCAACAAAGCUAUAAAAUGCAUGAAUACCAUGGAACUUUAUCACAUCCAAUCCGAUUCGAGUGUCGCUAGGUCGUUUGUGAACUUCCACGUGGGAAAAGAGUUAAUAACAGCCGAAAAUAUUUACGACGGUAAAGUCGUCGAGAGCUUAAUCCGCGGGAAACGACUACAUCUUCAGUGUGUCCAGAACGAAUUUGGAGUCGAAGGACGCCGACUCGAUUUUCAAACACCAGUCGGCUACAACGGGGUCGUCCACGUGGUAGACGAAGUACUUUAUCCUCCGGUAGUAUGCGUCGAAGACCUCGUAAAGGGAAACAACAGUUUCAGUUUGUACACGCGAGCGAUGAACUUGUUGGGUGUCACACCUCGGACGUCGUUUGAGUUUUACGGCAGCCAAAACACGUUCUUCAUACCAACGGACUACGCGUUUGAGAAACUCGGAGAUAUCGAGUUGAAUAGGAUAUUCAAUAAUCCAUCACAUCUGCAAAAAAUCUUGAACAACCAUCAAGUCAAUCGGAUCCUACCAACGAAAUUGUUCAAAGAACGUUGGCAGUAUGAAAUACAAACCAAAAAUGAAAUCGUUCGCAUCGUGAACAGGGGCAACAAGUUCACGGUCAACAACGCAGAAAUAGUCGAAACCGACAUAAUGACGACCAAUGGACUGGUUCACAUAGUUGACGAUUUAAUAUUUCCUUCGUGAAACCGACGGAGUAUCGAAUAGACGAAGACCAACGAUAUUACACUCAUAACAAUUUUAGUUUAUGUUUAUUAACAAAAGUAUAUUAAACAAUUAAUAGUGAUAACAUACAACAGUGUCAAUUUUUUUUAGUAACAUAAAUGUCUACAUUGUACUGUCAUAACAAAUUUACGUUUUAGUACAUUGAUAAUAUAUAUUUAACAAAAUUAUUCUGUAUAAGUCAAAAAGAG